CUUCAUUUAGACCUGCGUGGCACCCGCGUUGAUCUUGAUCGCGAGACAUUAGUCAGUCUACCCGAAAGUCUUUUAAUUGCCAUGUUUCCUCAUGGAUUGGCUCUAAACAAGCAAGACACAUAUUCUGAAAAUGAUGAUGACCCGUCAAGUGUUGAAAAUGACUCGACAAUGUGGACAUUUGUUGAUUUCGAUCCUGCCUGUCUAGAUUACGUCUUGGAGUUCUACCGACAGGCCCUCACACAUCCUCUGCCGACCCAGCUUAAUACAGCCGCUUACUCUCCCCUAACCGACAAGCAUCCCAUCAUCGUACUGCGAGAGGAGCUCGAAUAUUUUGGUUUGCCGAAUAUCAAAGGUGACAUGGCUGCCUUAAAGGUUGCCUGUGGACAACACCUUGUUCAGCAUGACAGCAUCUUCUCUGCCCUCCAAAAGAAUAUUAAUCGUCAGAAGAAUGUGGCAGAGCAACAUUUGAUUGAGAUGCUAUGUGAUGCUGGCUUUGAAUCCACUGACAAAUGGGGAUUCAGAGCAUUGGAGCCAAUGCGUACUUGCAUCACCAGCAUGGGUAUGGUCAUGCUCAAGACAAGUGGAUCAGAGCAUGCCAUGGCUACAGCACAGAAGCUACUACUUUUCUGGAGAAAACCAGCUCGUAAAUGCUGGUGGGAUGGUACUUCAUUCGAGACACAAGGACAGGCGGUGCGGUUAUGGGCACGAAGAACAUGGACGUUGGAGCUGGCAUUGGUA